CAAAUCAACACCACGGAUGCGACAUUGCAAAGCAUAACUUCUCUUCUCCAACUCGCACAACCAUAUAUGCAUGUCGACAUUUAUCGAAAUUUAUCAUCUCUCGUUUAUUAGAAACUAUAUAAUCUCAUUCUACUAUCGUUGAAAAUCUUUCACUUUCUCCUGCUUCAACUCUUUCCUCAUGCAAUUAUGACUAUGCCGCCUUCGGCUGUUCCCAAACAGAGCGGGAUCGCAGUUGCAACACCAUUCAACAAAAUCGGCGGUACCCCAGUUCAAACCUGCUUUCACCGCAUUCGCGACGCCUGCGGCAAGUGGCCAUGGGAACUCUUCCACGUGAAACAUCUUCCUUCAAUCUGGAGCGUCUACUUGCUUCAGAAAUUACACCAUGCCAUCAAGCUCGCCCACUCAUCACCUGAAACUCCCCUCAAGGCUGUACUGAACCACAUGGAAUAUCUUUGGAUUGCAGAGCAGAAGAAAGCCAUUUCCCAAAGAAGUCCCCGAAAGAAUAAGCAAAGGAACACGACAGAAAAAGAAAGCCACGACCAACCUGGCCGGACGUCUGUUCAGCAUCAGAAGGCGAAACGUCGAAUAAACAAUGCCCAGACUCGCAGCGCCAGUCUUGCGCGCAAUAGAGACAGCGACUGUGCCAAGAGUAGUGAUGCCAACCUGGUACAAGAUGAGAUCGUCGUCGCGCAGUCACUGAGUCCGCCAACUCGACCCAGAGUCACCCAGAACAACAAACGCGAUCUUACAGCCCCGCCUUCACUUGGCCUCACCAACUCUCACUCUCCCGAAGCACGCAGCAUCGAGCUAACCGAGAGCCGACCAACAAGGGAUUGGAGUUGGCUCAAAAAUAGGAACGCUGUUAGCGAACUCGCCGCUGGCAGCAUCCCUGCGCAAAAUGGGCAACAAGCAUCAUCGAUGCCAAUUCACACGCCCCGCGGUACGCUUGAAUCGAGCCCCAAAGACAUGAGGAGAAAAGACUACACAGAUGAUGAGAUCGCAUACAUCUCGAAGUUAAACAACAAGGCCACCGCCACCCAAAACAAGGCCGACUCCAUACACACCCAGCAGAACGAGAACGAGAACCGACUGAAAGCCUUGAACUCCUCGCGACAAGUGCUUCAACAAGAGCUCAACACCGCACAGACCGAGUUGACCAGAAUCCGCCAGGAUACACAAGACAAUACCGUUAUCCGAGACUGUAUCAUCCGAAUCAUCCAGCGACGAGCCCCCGACAAUGUUGGUGGCUGGAACAUCGCUCUAGAACGCUGCGAUCAGUCUUUGAAAGUGUUUGAUGAUGACUGGAAAAAGACUAUGGCGAUCAUAAACCAUAAAAAGCAAGACAUCAACCAUGUUGAUGAGAUGGUUGUGUCGGCGAAACUGGCGGUUGAGCAAUGUGCUCAACAGGCUGAGACUCUGGCUGCGCAGUUGCAUCAAUUGACUCUUAUGAAAGCGGCGUUUGAUGUCCUGAAAGUCAUGGUCGACAUGGGACCUUUGGGGCUGGCGAGUCUGGGUGGAGAGAAGCUGACAGAGCUGGAAAAACUGGUCAACCCGAACGAAGGAGAAAAUGGAGAGGACAUUGAGAUGAGCGAGGGAUAAGGACACAGGGAAGCCAAUGCGGUGGGUACUUGUGUAUGGUAUUGCAAUCUGGGAUAUGAGUAUAUCGAGACAAAAGACGUUCCUUAAGGACUGCAGUUUCUCAUGAACUUAAUUAUCCAGAAAAUUCCGGGGGGGAAACAUCUCAAUUUGGGACAAGAUAUGAGCACCGUGGCUCAUCAAAAGCAUAUUCAUCAUUCGCCCGAACCCAGAACAGGCCGGUAGCUAUUUGUCAUUUUCAUCAAUGUCUUACAUUCUGAGUUUCAAGAAA